CUCAAUCCCCGUCCACCGACACGAUCCGGGACACCUCCAACAGCUCUCAACCCAAGGAGCUCGGCGUCUGGCCCCUUGAGUAUUUGCAAAAGUUUAACUACGGUUGACAUUGCAGAUAUCAGUGUAUGAUCCCGCUCAUCCCGCCAUACUCAAAAUCCCGCCGUGCCGCCAGCGCGUCAAGCCUCUUACUCAUCCUUGAACGAGGCGUUGGGCGGCCCCGACAGACAAGUCGACUCGACUUACUAUCGCGCCUCCGACUCGCCAAACAAUCAGAUGUCGUCAGACGGACGAUAUAUAUAUCAGCAUCAGCCAGCCCCUGCGAUGGCCUCUUACGACUAUCCAGCGUACGCUACAACAUCCUACGACGCGCAGCCUCCACCUCCGUUUCCGCAAAAUUCCGCACGGCCGCCGCGAACCGCGUCCGCGCAGUCCCAUUCGCCGCCUCAACAAGGCCCGUACACCACCUCGCCCACCCCCUAUCAUCCCUCGUAUGGCUCCGCAUCCUACGCCGUCCCGCAGACCCAGCCCCAGCCUCAGUGGAAUGGCGAGGCGUGGACGCAGUACCAGCAAUACGUUCACCCGUCCAUUCAGGAACAACCUAUCAUGCAUGGUCCUGGAAGACCCGAGGUGGCUCCAAUACCCGUCGCCGCUGCUCCACAGCGCGCAUUCAUUCCAUCCCAACAGCAGCACAGUCCAGCAGUCCAGCGUGGCGCGGACCCGCCAGCCUCGGCUGAGCCGCCGCAUAAGGCUAAGCGCGUCAAACGGGACAAGGAGACCGCGACGCGCCAAGAGACGCCACCUUCUUCUACGGGACUCGACUUUCAUAAACUAUUAGAUUCUUAUCGCGUUAUAAUUGAAACUACCACCACAUUGUCCAACGAUGGCUCGACUGCGCAAGGCCGGCCAUCGUCUGUCGAUGCAAUACAGCGAAUGAUGCAGGCGGCGAUGUUUGGCUCACAGAUGCUAGGGACUGCUACUGGACCACCACCGGCUACCGUGCCUGUUCCUGAAUCGAAACCGGGCGGUAAUGUGAGCGCGGUUGGGGAGGAAAGCGAGGGGAACCCUUCUAAGCGACAGAAGUCUGAGGGUCCUGUACCCGAAGGGCAAACGUGUCUGGGGUGCAAUGCUACGUCGACUCCCGAAUGGCGAAAGGGGCCACUUGGCCCGCGCACGCUCUGUAACGCCUGUGGACUUGUCUAUGCCAAACUCAUCAAAAAGAGGAAUCGAGAUGCCGCGCGACGGUCAGGCGCCGGGAUUUCUCUUCUCGGUCGUACAAAUGACGGCGUUCCAUUGGACGAAGGUCUCGGCUCGAGCGGAGAGGAAGACGAAGACUCGUACACCUCACAGGAUCUCCGCGACGUCGACGAUCGUGGAGGGAGGGGGUGAUCGAAUCCCAGCAGGCGCUUUGCUGUGGUUAAACUUGGGCCACACUUCACAAUCCAAUUCAUUCCUUUCUCUGUCUCUGAAUCGCCAUCCUACGAUCAUUUUUCUAUUCCAUCAUACUCUUUCCUUUCGUCUUCAAUUCGCUGUGCUUCUUCGGUAUGCAUUCGGUGAGCUUCGCUGUAAUACGAUACACAUUUUUGGCAUAUGGCUGCU